GGAAGUCAAUUGAGACACACAGCACCGCCUCUUGAGGGCGUUGUCGUGACAACUGAGAACCGAUCCAAGCACAUUCCUUUUCGUCCAGCGUUUGGUCUCUGGGCAACCGACCUUCAAAUCAAGAAAAAAACCAUCCCGAACGUUCCGUGAUCGUCCAAAAGUUGACAAGCCUUUUAAACUUGCCAUCAACAUGAUAACCAACUCGCUUCCUUUCUUGGCAGAUCACGAGCGGCUGAAGCUCAGAGUGGAGAAGAAGACGAGGAAUAUUUUUAUUACUCAGCCCGAUGACUGCAGAGAAAGAGAGGAGAAUGUGAAUUACAUCCCAGUUGUAAGUGAGCCUCCAAGCAGUAUCCUCAAGGUUGGUGUGAACACCCUACAAAAGACUCUGGUUCUGAAGAAACAAGCCGAGCUAGAUGAAGUGAACAACAAUCUUGCGCUCAAAAGAGAAGAGUUUCAGAGAAAUGUGGAGGAGCUGGCUCAGAGAAAGAUUGAGCUGCAAAUGAAACAUCAGGAGACAAAAGAGAAAGUGCUGACGUUUGAAAGGUUUGUGAGUGAUAAUGAAGUCAAGCAAACUCAAGCUGUGCAGCAGUACAAGGCAGUGCAGGAGGACAACUUGAUGAAGCAGUGCGAGUUGGAGGAGCUGACAAAACAGCUGCAGCAACUUCGAGACAGGAGGCUCGUUUUAAAGAAGAGACUAUCCAAGUACAAAAUCUAUGAGGACUUUUUGAUGAAAACGUUGGAUUAUCUCCCUGACAGUCACCUUGAGACCGACUCGGAAUGUGCAGUCAUGCCCAUCAUCCGGCGCCACGAGACCCUGUGCUUUGCCCACCAGCAGCUGCUGCAACAUUUGCGGCGUGUGGAGGAGGAGGUGGAGCGGGGUAGGCGACAGCUGCAUGCCAUGAAGCAAGGACACAACUUGCUCAAAUUGGCGGCCAGUAAAGAACUUUAUGAACUUCAGAGAGAGUUGGAGGGCCUGAAAGAGAAAAACAAGCAGGCAGAGGAUAACUUGAUGAAGGAGCAAGGGCAGUCCAGAAAGAAGGCUGCCGAAAUGGGAAGCCUUCACUUGGCCAUCAGCAACCUCGCAGAGCAGUGUUACCUGCCAGUGUGCGGAAGUCUGGAAAACAUGAGCGCAUCCUUAAUGCUGGACAUGGUGAAGGAGUACCUCGUGGACAAGGCGGACACAGAGAAGAGAGCGAGGAGACUGAACGAGGGUGCUUCCCAAACAAGGACUAAAACAGCUUUGAAUGACAUGAAAGCCAAGGCCACCAUGAGCAGCUUUGGCUGUAAGACUCAAUUUAAAAGUCAGAGUCAAGUCACUAGGGCAUCUUUACAUUAAAAUCAAAUUAAUGAGUAAUUAA